AUGCCCCGUGCUCUUUCAAAUCAAGCGAAGAUGCUGCAAGGGAGAUCCCGAGCCGCUCGUGCUUCUGAUGAUCAACAAUCUGAAGCUGGUACUAUGGGGUCGUGGCGUGUGGCGGAGGAUCCUGAGCAGGAUGUGCCACCUGAUCAUGCUGAGGCCUGGAGCGGUGUGUUUGAGCCAGCUCGAGCAGCGCAAGCUGAGCAACCUCAGCCUUCACAUCCUGCUCAGGCAGCCCCUGUGACACAGGCUGCUCGCAGCUUUGUGGAUCGGUCGAAUGAGACGCCUGCUGCUCGGCGCUUGAGAGAGCAGCAGGACAAGGCAGCCAAGUCAGGCCGCCGUUCGGUGAAGUUCAACCAGAUGGGCGCUCACAAUGCCAUCAACGUUCGUUUGCCUGAGCACUUGCAGCAGGUCGGCUCCGGCGAGAAUGAGAGAUCAGUGCUGGUCCUGGACAGCCGUGACAAUAGGCUGCAAUCCCCUUAUCAAGGGUGGCUGCUGGAUGAGAUCUUGAUCAACGCCAAUGCCCGGAUCAACAUCUUGAGCGAUCGAGCUCUUGUGAGGUCGCCCUCCACUGGAUAUCACAUGAACCUGUUCAUGCUCAAGACCCUAGAUGGCUUCAAACUGGUGCUGUGUGGAUCCAUGACGUCAUAUGGAUCUGUGCCAUGUGGGAAAUGGGACUCACACACUGGCAAGGUGCUCUCGCACGAGGCUUUUCAGCCAUUCCGCUGGCCUCUCAUGCGGGACGACUCUCCCACUUGGGUUGACGUCAAGGUGAAGAUCGAAGGUCAGCUCUUUGUUCAUUUGGAACUCAGGGGCUAUCGCUCAGACAGCGACAUGACUGUUCAGAUCAACCACGUGGCAGAUCACCUGAUGUACGUCCUGCAGGAGAAUGCUUUCAUCCCCACGUUCGUGGUGACAGUGUUCCAAGGAUGGCGAGUGGUUGCAUGCUCAUGGGAAGUGGGUGGCAGGCUCUACGUCUGCUCAGAAGGAGGUGUUGUGGUAGCGGCGGAUUACCCGCUGUGUCAUUUCGAAUGCCGGAUCGUGGCGACGUCGUCUGAGGAUGCCUUCGGUCUUGACGCAGAUCGACUGGAGUUUAGAUUUCUCAGUGCGGGCGAUCGCCUUGAUGUGGCGGCUAGCACCUGCUCAGUCCCUCCGUCGUGGCUUGUGGUCAGCAGAGUGUCAGGGCCAACCCUGAUCAGGAAUGCAAGCUGGUGUCGAUCGAAAUAUGCUCGCAUCGAGUCGCCUGAUCAGGCUCUACAGUUGGCUCAGCUUGCCAGCAUCCAUGCCCACUGGACGGUGAAUGUUGAAGCCGCUCGUGAGGAGGACACGGGACCCAUCGUCUCGGCCGUUGCCGUGGAGAGCAAUGCAGCCAAUUUACACUUGAUCUGCGAGUCUCCUUUGUUCAAGAAGGAUCGAGCUAUUGUGCCCAUGGAAGCAUUGGCAUUACAGGCUCACAAUGCGGAGGAUGAGAAGGAGACGGUGGUCCUCCCACCGAUCACAGGGGGACCAGCUGUUCAGCCUGUGUGUGCUCAGCCAAGUGGUCUUGCAGCCAUUACUGGCUAUGUGGGCAACGCAGAUCUGACAGUGGCGCCCUUGCCCCCGGAGGGAGUUCUCCCUUCCUUGACGGAACCUGGAGUUGCACCUACACCAAGUUCGUGGUUGGGAGGGUCACUGGCUCCAGCUCGGAGAUCGCUUGAUCAGAGACGUGCAGAGCGCCUGGAUUCCUCAGCGCUCACACCAGCAGGAUUUCUAGAGCGUGUGCAAGCCGUUCGGGGUGAGCCUCAACAGCAGGCUGCGGCCUCGUCGGCAAAGAUCCAGAUCGAAGUGCUUUCUGGGUCGUUGGACGGCUCCGAGAACUUUACGACCCCAACAGCGAUCGCCAAAACGCCGCUGGCCAACCUGGCAUUUGUAUCAGCCAUGGGAGUGAGCUCGGCUGCAGAGUUUUUGGCUAAAGUAGCCGAGUGGGCGGGGUCUUUUGAACCAGCAGUUGCUCAAGUUUUGUUGAAAGAUUCAGGUCAACUUGAGAAUUUUUGGUCGCUCGCAAUCAGAGCUGAGAAGAUGUUCUUUGAGGCAACGGCUUUCCAGUUGGGUUUUGGGCUGUGUGAUAACAGACCUCCUGAGACAAGGGGAUCUCCACUUGACCAGCUCAGACAGGCAGCGGGGGUCCGGGCGCUGCUCAGCGGCCCAAAAGCGCCAAACAAGAAGCUCAAGGGCCUAGCACAAGCUAGCGAUUCUGUGACCCCUCUGCUUGAUCAAGAAAACAAUGAGAAAGCCAAGUGGGCAGCUCGCCUUGAGGCCAUUGGGCAACGUGCCGGACCAGCGGCCAAACUGCUCGUUCAGCAGGAGCAGAGCGAUGAGUUGUCGCCCUCCGAGCUGGCGCGGUUGAGGCAGUUUGUCCUACUCUCAGGCGCUCCCAGAACUAUGUCGGCUCAUGUUCGUGCGUACGAAAAGUUUGAGCACUGGGCAACAGCCUCUUCAGUUGUGCUGUACCCUUUGACAGUGGACAAGAUCUUGAAAUAUUGCCUAGUUUUGGAUCAGAGAGAGUGCGGCCCCUCAGUGGUGCCAGCAUUCAAGACCUCUGUCAAGUGGGUGGCCUCUCGGCUGGCGAUCGACCUACCAGAUGUGGACGAUCAACGGCUGAAAGCCAUCCAAGACCAGAUCGUUUCUUCUCGGGCCACCACCUUGAAAGAGGCAGUGCCCAUUCCGAUUGCUGCGGUUUGUAGCAUGGAAGCGAUCGUAGUCAACCCCAAAGAGUUUGCCCAAGCCAGGAUCUUUGUUUGGUGGCUCCUCUGCAUGGUGUUUGCUUCACUUCGUUUUGAUGACGCCAUCCAUGUCAAGCCCUCCGAGUUGGUCAUGCAAGAUGAGGGCCUUUUCGGCGUGGCCUGGCAAACCAAAGUUGAGAGAAAGCGAUCCGGCACCCGGUUCAUGGUCCCCAAAGUCGGCUUCCGCCAUAACGACUGGCUCGAAACUGGGUGGAGCUUGUUCAAGCUGCUGGAAGUCCAAGACCGUGAUUUUUGGAUGUUUGAGUUGAACUCGAAGUCAGAGUUCGACCAGCGCCCGCCGUCUCACCAGCACACAGUAAAAUGGCUGCGUUGUUUUGCACAUCAAGGGGUAAUGCUCGAUCGUGAGAUCCCUGCGACUGAGCGCAAGGGUCUUAUUGAAACGGUCGACAAGUUGACUGUUCACUCAUGUCGAGUUACCCUACUCGAUGCUGCUGUUCAUGCUGGGCGUUCCACUGAAGAGAUUGGCCUUCAGGCCAAUUGGAAAAAUCCUGGGCCCAUGGUUUUGAAAUAUACCCGAAAUCGCUCAUCUGUCCCAGCUACCAUGAUCAAACAACUUGUUCGAGAAAUGGUUCAAGAAAACCAUCCCGUGAUAGAAGAUGCUCAGACCUUUCUCACUGAUGCUUCUGAUCAAGAUUUAGAUAAUUUGGAAUUUUUCAUCAAGAAUCCCGGAGCUGGCACAUAUUACGAUUAUAAGUUUCACGCUCCCUCAAUCGAUGAUAGCACUCAGACGGCCUGUCGGCGUUUUGCAAUUGAUGAGUGCCAGUCCGUGGGAGACAUUUUGCCAGAUUUAUCAGUGCUCUGUAAAGCCUGCUCCAAAGCCAGGCCAGAGAUCGCGGCCGCAGCUAGUGUUGCUCAGUGCCUUGCGGGUCUUGGGCCUGUCGCCGGCAUGGUCGAUCGCACUACCUACCCGGAUGAUCAAGUUCCCGAGCUAGCAUUGCGGCAGGUCUUCGGGCGCCAGCGGCUCCCAGAGAAUCUGUGCCUGCUCGCAGCCGAGGUAGGCCUUCGUACCAUGGACACAUUUGCCAUGCUCGGCGACAACAUCACCGGUGUCAAGCAGACCCUCAACCGCAUCGUCACUGACCCAGCUCGGUUCGGUGCUGACGCGGCUGCUCAGGAGUUGGCACUCACCAAUUUGACAGCAGUAUGGAAGACAUGCUCGACUUUGCAAGAGCAUUUCGCCUCUCAGCGUGCCAAGAUGGAAGAAGAUCCUUCGAAGGUACCCGAAAUCCCGGGUGAGGAUCAUGCAGAGUUCCGCAAGCAGUUCGUGCACAAACACCCAGAUGUGUUGUUGCCGCCCCACCGUGAACCUCACAGGAAGUUGGUCGAACGCAUCCAACGUGAUUACCUUGUUCAUGGUGCUGUGAUGUUCUACCAGGUGGGCGAGCUGCGCACGCGGAGCGAAGUGAUUGUUCAGAAAGCGGGCAUUUCUAAGAAUGCAGAAGACUUGCUCAAGGUCGUCACGGUUGAUCAACCUGUUUCGGCCGCCUCGGAGAGCCAGGUGAUGGACAAGCUUCAUGCCUUCUUCGUGGCUCUUGAGUACCUCAACAUCUGCGAAUUCACCGCUGCUCGCGGGCCCCUGAAGUAUCUCUCAGAGCUCGAAGAGUGGCGGCAUGAGAACAAGGGGUUGGCGCUGUUGCUGACAGUCGACUCCUUGAUCCGUAAAAAGGUCCAUCGACUCAACCAUGAUCAGAGGAAGUCCUUCCCUACGUUCUCCUCCGCCCUGCUCGAGGUCUUGGCCAACCACAAGCAGCUCUGGAAUGAUGCGCGCAGCAGCGCAGAACUCGACAAGUUCAAGCAGGCUGGCCAGCAAGCUCCUUCUACUCCACCGCGGGCUCCCAAGCGUGCUCGGGAAGCGGAUGAUUCACCUCUCGAAGUUUCACCCAAGGCCAAGAAAAACAAAGCUCGUCGUGAAAGGCAGAAAGCCGUGCUCGCUCGAGCCAAAGCCACCUUGGCCGAUUCCAAGGGGGCGCGCAAGGAGUCCAAAGUCUCCAAGGACGCUCGUGUGCCAGCCAACGAAUGGUCAGCCAUCACCGCCUUCAAGUACUCAGGUAAGCGGCGAUGCCCAUUCUACAAUUGCUCAUUGGGUUGCCGAUUCGGCGAUUCUUGCCGCAAUCUGCAUGCCUGUGUCGAAUGUGGGAGUGAUCACUUUUGUGGGGCCCAUGCUGGGGCGAAUGAGGAGCCUCAGAGUUUGACUCGCUCUGAAGCUCCGAUAGCUCCGGUGGCACAGCCGAAACAACAGUGGCUCCGUUGGGCAGACGUUCCAAAGAACGUUCAUGAAGUUGCAGCUCAGGGCCCUUGGUUUCUGGAAAUGUUUGCGGGGACGGCUCGUUUGACAGACGCAGUCCGGCAGAUGGGAAUUCCUUGCUUACCACCCAUUGAUGUGAUGAUCAGCCAGCAUGUUCAAGAUCCUUUUGAUGUUCUUGAUGCAGAUCGCUGGACUUUCAUCAUGCAGCUCGUGCAGAUGGGGGCAAUUUUCUUUGUUCAUUGUGGUACACCAUGCAACACUUUUUCUGCAGCUCGCAAAGCGGACGGGGGGCCGCCGCCCUUACGCAGCCCCGCCUGUCCGGAGGGAUUGCCGGCGCUUUCAGGCUCCAACUGGUUUCUGGCGCAGAUCGGCAACCUGUUUGUUGAUCGCACUGUCGAAGUUUGUUUAGGGGUCGCUGAAAUGGGAGGCGAUUUUUCUAUCGAAAACCCUGAAAAGAGCUUGAUCUGGAGCACUCGGGGGAUACAACGUCUUCUGCGGUGCGCUCGCGCCUGGCUUAUCCAUUUUGAUCAAUGUGCGUGGGGGGCUCCCUCGAUGAAGCCCACCUCGCUGUGUGUGACUCAUGCGGCUUUCUCGCCUCUGCACAGGCGCUGCCCGGGUCAUCACGCUCAUGAAGUUCUGCAAGGACAAGUAUAUAGUGAGUUCUUUGGCAAAGUGGUUUAUCGCACCAAGCUUGCUCAAGAAUACCCGCACUUGCUUUGUGCGGCCAUGGCUGAGGCCAUCUCAGCCAUUCGCGUUCGCCCUCUGCAUCUCAUGGAGGCCUCUUUCGGGCUGCUCAGCACGGGCAAGCGCAAGCGUAUGCUGGGCCAGGCCAUGCCUUGGGAAGGCCAUCGCCAACAUUUGACUGCUCAGCUGGCGGCGGCAGCAGGCUACCAGCUCAAACGUGGUGCAAUGAAACCUUUGCUGGAGGUGGAAUCCGAGCCGGGUCAGGCUAUCUUGUGGGCGAUGAGCAUCGAUCACCCGUUCUCGACCGAGAUUGCCGUGGAACCUGGCUUGCAGGCGGCUCUACAACAGUUCGCCUACUCCAGUGAGCACAUUCUGCAGCGGCGCUCAGCACUUCUGCAUAAGUGGGGAGCGAUCGCUCAGUCAUCUCUAGAGGCGACUGAUCAGAUUUUGCGGCGCAUCCCGGAUGCCCCUCUGCGCCAUUUGCUGAGGGGGGUCCCGGACCAUGAACCUGCGCAGCUGGGCGUCACUUGCCAUCUCGUGCUCUACAAACUGCUGCUGGCGGCCAUCAAUUCGGUUGAUCAAGAUCUUCCUCAUUGCUUGCUUUCUGGUUUUCCAAUCGUGGGGCCGAUUCUGCGAUCGGGCAGAUGGCCGCCUUAUGAAAAGGCGCAGUCGCCCGUGGCGGUCACCUUAAUGCAAAGCCGGGCCUGGGAGAUCCGGAAGAAGAUCAUUGCGCAUGUGCAAGCUGUGCCGAUCACAGAGAACCUCAAGAAGAUUUGGGAUGCGACUGUAGAAGAUGUUCAUGAAGGAACCAGCUUCUGGAAAAACUGCUUUCUUCGUGAUGAUUGGGCAUUCUUUUGGUUUGGUCUCUGCCGUUUACAAUACAAUCGCCGAUCGGCUGCUAUCAACGAGAUCCUCGUCUCCUUGUUUGGUCUGAUCGCCUUCAGUUUCUAUGAUGAUAAAUGCGGUUUUGAACCGGCGCAGACUGUGGAAUCCGCCCAUCAGAUAGCUCAACAUGUUCACUGGUGGCUGGGCGCAAAGUUCGAUCGUAAGAAGCUCCAACUGAGUCGAGCGCCCACAAUCCUAGGUGUUACCUAUAACCUGGAUGAUUUUGUCUUGGAGAUCAAGGACGACCGUAAGUCCGACUUGAUUGAAGAGAUCGACCACAUUUUACACUCAGGUCUUCUGGAUCCAGGAACUGCUGGAAAAUUGAAAGGUAAACUGAUGUUUGGUGCAAGCCAGCUCUGGGGAAAGGUAGGCCGUGCAUUCUUGCGCGUGAUUUCUGAACGCCAAUACGCUCGUUUCCCAUUUGGUGAUUCCGGUUUCGCUUUGGACGAGCCUUUGCGGUUUGCUUUGGAGCACUGGCGACAUCUUAUCAGAGCUGGUCCUCCUCGACCGAUCGAGAUGAAGAAGAUCAAGAAACCUGACGUAGUCAUUUUUACUGAUGGUUUUACACCGGAUCCGAGAGACGAUGAUCCUCGUCCGGAUAGGGUAGGUGCAGUUCUGUUUGAUAGAAGAUGGGAGGCUCCUCUCCAGUUCUCUGAGGUGAUACCUAAAGAGAUGCAGAAGAACUGGGCCCCCAGGAAGACCCAAAUUGUUCCUGUUGAAAUGAUUGCUCCUAUUUUAGCUUUACACACCUUUCGCGAGCGUUUGUUUGGCACUGACUUGAUUUUGCUGAUCGACUCUGAAGCUGUGGAGUCCGCUCUUGUUAAAGGAUACUCCAGCAAAUCAGACUUGUGCACGCUCGUGUCGGUAUUUUGGAACCUAAUUUUUGAAUUGCGAGUUCGAGUUUUUAUUGACAGAGUUUCAACUGAUUCCAACCCAGCUGAUUGGCCUUCUAGAGACGAUCUCUCCACGGGAGAGAAGGCAGGUUGGAAAACCGUUCAGGCAUGUUGGCCGGGUGAGCUCUUGAGUUUCGAUAGGUAA